AUGGAAGCAAUUUUGCGUCCCAGCCUGAACAACAACUAUGUAAACAAGUCCCCGGGGGCUUCACUCUCAGACGGGGAAGCGCGAUCUUCUGGUCAAAGGCCUCAGGUUAUAAUUCGUGAGAUGCGAUGGAUUGUGGCCAUGGGGUUCAUCACCUGUGCAGCUGGUAUUGCGGCCUGGAAAUUCGACAACGUGCACUGUAGUGAUCUCGUCCGGUGGAGACAUCAGGUGGGAUUGCCAUGGGGAAUACUUCUCGAAGGCCAUGGGGCACCUGAUGACUGGGCUGGGUGUGAACUACUUUAUCACCUGGGGUAUUUGGCUUAG